AUGUCUUCUGAUAAAGGAGUAAAUAUUAUUGACAUUUAUGUAAAAUGUCUCUCAGAAAUGCAAAGACAGACCUUAAUAUGCAACAAUAUAAAUAUUCAAGAGGAUUUUAAGCCAGUUCUCUUUAAUUACCCCAAAUACUUAUGGCUUUUGAAUUGUAAUUCUUUCGAUGUAGUAUUGUCUGCUUGGUGCAGGAAGACCGUUAAACGUACUACUAAUAAUGAAGAAUUUCAAAAUGCAUUACAUCUUUGCAAUAUAACAAUCGGUCAAUAUAUAUUAAGUCACUCCGCCGGCUUACGUACAUUAAGCAUUAUUGAUCACUGCGAUCAUAAUAAAAUUUGCCUUAUGUACCUUCCAUUGGAUCCAUGUGUGAAAGGAAUUUUGCAUACUUUUUCAAAAUUGGCCAUAUUAAAUAUAAAAAUCCGGCCUUCCCAGAUAACAGCGUUAAAUAUAUCUCUACUUUGUGAGAAAUUAUCUUUAUAUGCUCGUAAUAUUAAAAAUCUUAAUAUCUCUAUAAAUACGAUUGAAAACGAGUUUAUUCAACCAGAAAUAUGCAAACAUUUAUUCCAAUUGAUCAAUUCUCAACACAAACUUCAAUAUCUCACCAUUUGCUUUUCUUGGGAUAAUUCGCAAUCACCUUUAUUUUUCUCUGCUCUCUCAAGUCAAUCUCAUUCUUUAAAAUAUCUUGAAAUAAUUCAAUUCUAUGACAUUCCUCUCUUAAUUUCUUAUUUAUCACCUUUUAACUUAGAUACAUUGAACUUUGUUUAUUACUAUAGACGAAACAUACAAAUCGAGCCAAGUCCUCUACCAAUUUUACAUUCAGGAACACAAUUUCGAAUUAAAGAAUUAGUGAGUUGCGGGGUGACCCACUAUCCUGUAUUCAAUCCAUUUUUUUCUAUAAUUAUCAGAAUGUCUGGGUCGAGUUUACAAGAAUUAUCGCUUAGAGGUUCUGACAAAUUAUGGAUAAACGCAAUUACUCAAUGCCCGAACCUUACUUCCUUAACAGUAGCGAUCGAUUUCUCAAUGCAUGAGUGUUUCAUACAAGCUCUUUCAAAGUUAAAAAAGCUUCAAUUCUUAGAAGUAAAAAAAGGACAAGAUAAUACAAAAUUUACCAAAGAUGCGAUUUUACAAAUCGCAAAAACAAUUUCUACCACACUUGAAGAGUUAGAUUUCGAUUUAACAGCUAAUCAAGAAUAUUUGGUUGCAUUUCUUGCGGAGUGUAAAUUUUCAUUGUCCAAAUUAACUAUUUAUCUGGAUGAACUAGAUAAUGAAACUUUAAAUUUUAUAAUAGAUUACGCCAUUAAAACAGGUAAUUUGAAAGAAUUAUGUUAUGAGGCUACUCAAAGUUUUACAGAUGAUGUUUUGUUGAGAGCAAAAAAGGUUAUUCCUAUAAUUACAGAAAUUGGCUUUGGGUUGUUUGAUUAA